CACAAAGAGUGACGGUCAGAGUGCGCUGUUGCGGACAUAACGUAAUUUUAUUCAAGGUAUCUAGGUGAGCCAGUAACGUUAUCUGUAACACGGCAGCUGGUGUGUAUACCUACACGGAGAUUGAGUAUCUACGGGCAUGUACCGACAGCUGCUUGGCAACCUGCUAACGUACAAGUGCAGUAGCUCGCAGCGGGGGAACGUUCGCUACAGCCUUCUGCAAGCGGGAGUUCAGUUCUGUGAUGGACGGAUAUGGAGAUUGGUGAACCCGCACGGUCAAAAAUCAGCCAUGGAUACUAGCUGUGAUGGCGUCAGGCUUAACGGGCAUUCACGUGGUGACGGCCUUUACACGCUUGCACUGGCUAGUAGUGACACUGAAUACAAGGCGUUCUGCGAUAUGACAACGGAGGGUGGUGGAUGGACGCUGUUCGCCACCAAGGCAUCCUACAACUUUGACUACAUGUCACCAGCAUUCAAUCCGUUGGCUGCCAGGGCUCAGGACUUUGACGCGGCCGGCUGUAUUCCCACGGACAACUACACGCAAGUUUUGUUCAGGUUCCGCGAUGACGACGGUUCUCGAGUCGUCUACACACGUGGGGUUGGCAAGAUGUCUGCAGGCAAGAUAGCUCUGGACAGCCUUCUGCGCUGCGACAAAGCUUUUACAGGACGGACGCUUGUCAGCGUGGACGGAUUUUACAGGACCACUCCUCGGGUCAACAAAGGCAUGCGUGAUCCGAGUAUCAAUUUCAAAACCGUGCAGAGACUCAGUAUGAAUCCCACUGCAGGUAUUUCAGAGGACCAUAGAGAUUCGAAUCAGUGGCUCGACCUCUGGGGUGGUCCUGGCGGAAGUACUAGUAAGUUCUUUUCAGUGGACGAUGCAAAGGCGAAGGGAACCAAGUGCGUGGCUGGCACGUGUCGCCUUCAGGAGCCAGUCUACUUGAUGUAUCGCUGAUAUUUGCACUGAGCCUGCAAUCUGCAUAAAGCGAAUGGACUUCUGCUUACAACCGUUGCCUUAAUGAUGUCUCAUUCACUUAUUAGCUUUCUGCCUCUCUUUCAAGUCCAUAUCCAUUGAUUAUCGUUUCUCUUUUUUUGGUGUCCUCGUUUAGUAAUAAUACAAUAUUCGCGGGAUCCGCGUUAGCAUCACUUGAAUGUUCAGAAACACACAAGCUAUAGCCUUCGCUUCCGGAGGCCACCACUAUGAUAUAUGCCUUUUCACCUGA